AUGACGAGCCCCGAUUCACAAACCGAAGCACUGGACGAGAGAUUCCUCGAGAUCAUCAGCAUCAAUGGUCGCGAUUACCAAAAAUAUGCGGUUGAUCGUCAAAUAUCCUUCGAACCGGUCGACGACGACGAAGCGGAGCGACUCGAACUCCAGCACCGAGUGUUCCACAAGGUUUUCGAUGACCGGUUGAUAUUUCCACCUAUCCCCCACCUUCGACGGGUGCUCGACUGCGGAUACGGUUCUGGGUCCUGGGCCAUCGAGAUUGCGGACCAACAUCCAGAGUGCAAGGUUUUCGGUAUUGAUAUAUGUCCCCACAUGAGCCCUGACGAUGUACCUCAGAAUGUGAAUCUAGAGGUGGACGAUCUCAACCGACCGUUUACCUUCCCCACAAAGUAUUUUGACCUUGUCCAGUCGAGGCUCGUUGCGACAGGUAUUCACCGAGAGCGAUGGCCGUCAUAUAUUCGUGAUAUCAAAAGAGUCCUGAACCCCGGGGGCUGGGUACAACUCGUCGAAAUUUAUUUCAACGUCCAAUCUGAUAAUGGUUCGAUCACGGAGAAGCAUGCACUGAGAGAAUGGAGCACGCGAUAUAUGGGUUCCUUUGAGCCAUCGAAAGACCUGCGUGUGGGCACGCGGUUAAGGAACCUCCUACUGGCGGAAGGCCUGACGGAAGUCGAUGCCAGAAUGAUUCCCCUUCCACUUUCCGCAUGGUCCACUGAUCCCAGAAUGCGGGAAAUAGGCGCUGCCAACAGCGAAAAUACCCGAAGACUACUCCACGCAUUGGCUCUCUUUCCUUUGACUCAACGUCGGCGGAUGCCGUUGGAUCAGUAUCAGGCGUUGGUAGCAAGAGCACAAGAAGAGGCAAGAACUCCCAGUCUGAAAGCAUAUUUCCCACUGUAUGUGUGUAUUGGACGAAAGCCACUAUAG